AUACUGGCCAUUGUUCCUUCGCCAGCAAACAUGGCAUUGGCAAUAGAUUAAGUACUUCGAAGCUCCAUGCGCCAUAUCUGACGUAUUAUCGCGCCUUCAUUCCCGCAAGAUGAGAGACAAUCACACAGGAAGAGGGAAAAUAAGAAGCGCUCAUGAACAUCAAGCCUGCGCGAGCGACGAUGACAGACCAGCGCAAAGAAAGCUACUACCCUUCAGUGCUGCUAUUGAGGCGCGGCGCCUAUCAUGCCCUCCCAUGUACUCACAGAUUUCUUCUAUGUCAGCGGAUCUCAUGGCAGUCGGCCGUCAAAUACAUACCUUCGUCCUCUUGUGUGGCACAAUCUUGGUUCUCGAGGACGAGGCGAUGCGUCUCAACUGCCCAGCCCAGCGUCGGAAGGGGGACGAGCCAGAGUGCGGACGCCUCUCGUGCAACCACUGCAAGGUUCAUUCUCAUUGUGGGUGGAGCACAAUGACCUACGACUGGCAAGCCGGUAAGUAAUUCGUCAUACUCCUCGUCUCUAGUCGGCCAAUGCGCACCAGCAACGCUACAGAGGCCGUUCAAUGAUCGGAGGAGACUAACUACGCCUCGCGCGUAUUGUACUCGUGCUUGUGAAAAAAAAAGGGCGGACGGCAUUAAUAUGUACUAGAGAUCUGUCGAACGCAUCAAGCCACCUCGUAAAGGU